AUGAAAAAAUCUAUGGCAAAUGGAAUAGAAAAUGAUUGGUCACCAAUUGCAGCAUCAAGAAGUGCUAGAAACACAAUCAAUCCUAUCCGACGCAUUGUUGAUCGAAUGAAAAUAAGUCCUAAUCCAGCUAAAGAAAUGAUAUCCUUAUCCAUUGGAGACCCAACACAUUAUGGGAAUAUGCUUCCACCCGUUGAAGCGUUAGAAGCAAUACUUCAAGCCGUGCAAUUACCUACGUCACAUGGAUAUCCACCAUCAUUUGGCACACUCGAUGCACGAAAAGCAGUGGCUCAGUUUUGGUCUCGAUCUAAUUAUCAAGUAAAACCUGAAAAUGUUAUUUUAACUAGUGGUUGUUCUCAUGCAUUAGAACUAUGCUUUGAUUGUAUGGCCGAUCCAGGAGAUAAUAUUCUUCUUCCUCGACCUGGGUUUUCACUAUACGUUACAUUAUGCCAAUCGCUUGGCAUUGAAACUCGAUUCUAUGAUUUAAUCCCGGAUGAAAACUGGCAAGUUAAUAUAGAUCAUCUUGAAUCAUUAAUUGAUGAUCGAACACGAGCUGUUCUAAUUAAUAAUCCAAGUAAUCCAUGCGGAGCUGUUUAUACAGCAGCACAUUUACGAAAAAUUUUACUUGUAUGUGAACGAAAUCAUUUACCAAUUAUUGCUGACGAAAUUUAUGCAGAUAUGGUUUUCCCGAAUAAUGAAUUUCAUUUUCUUGGAAUACUUUCGGAAAAUGUGCCCAUCGUUUCUUGCGGUGGCAUUGCAAAACGUUUUAUAUGUCCAGGAUGGCGUCUCGGUUGGAUUGUUGUUCAUGAUAGACAUAAUCUUUUUAAAGAUACAAUUCAACCUGGCUUAAUUGACUUGUCUAGUCGUAUUCUUGGUCCGAGCUCCGUCACUCAAGCAGCUCUAUCUCAUAUUCUUUCUGAAACACCAGAGUCUUAUUUUGAUGAUAUUCUUCAUCAAAUACAAAGUAAUGCAGAUUAUUUUUAUCAUUCACUAUUGAAUACACCUGGUCUUCAACCAAUUAUGCCUCAAGGUGCUAUGUAUAUGCUUAUACGUAUAAACACAAAGGAUUUUAAAGACAUUGAAAAUGACAAAGACUUCUUCACUAAAUUAAUUUGCGAAGAAUCAAUAUCUUGUCUUCCAGCAUCUGUAUUUGGUAUUGAUAAUUUCUUUCGUAUUGUACUUACGACACCAAUGGAUAAAACUGAAGAGGCGUAUCAAAUAAAAAACACAGUUACAAAUAUUGGUUUAAGUAUACGUACCACAGUUAUUCAUCAAUUUCAUCCGGAAAUUCUUUUUUGUUCAUCAAUACGUGAACAACAUAAACAAGAAACACCAUUAUAUGAGCAAACUCAUGCUCGAUUACCGACAAAUACCAAGGUUAAGUCUAUGCAUGAAAAUGAAAAACGAAAGCGAACAUCUGUGCAUACAUUUAUGAAUUCAUAUGAUAAAGAUCAACAGAAUUUAAUUAAACAUUCAAAAUCAGCAGCUGACCUUUUUUAG